UAAGAUUGUAUAAACUUUACACAGAACCAAUAAAUAAAUGAUGAACUCUGACCUGAACCUGGCUUCACAGAGGAAAUCCAAAAUCUCAGCCUCUCGCAAGCUCAUGCUGAAGAGCUUGAUGGUUGCAAAGGCCAAAGAGGAGCUGGAGCAGGAAAUGGUUGAAAAGGAGGAGCAAAAGGCAAAAUACCUGGAUGAGAAAAUUCCUCCAAUCCAGACCACAGGCCUGUCAAUAACAGAGCUCAAGGCGUUGUGUGAAGAGCUGCAUGCCAAAGUUAAUGUGGUGGAUGAAGAGCGGUACGAUAUUGAAGCCAAGGUGUUGCACAACACCAGAGAGAUCAAAGAUCUGAACAUCAAAGUGCUGGACUUACGAGGGAAGUUUAAGAAGCCCAACUUGAGGAGGGUCCGAGUCUCCGCAGACGCCAUCCUGCGCUCACUGCUGGGCUCCAAACACAAGGUGUCAAUGGAUCUGCGGGCUAACCUCAAGUCUGUCAAGAAGGAGGACACAGAAAAGGAAAAGACAGUGGAGGUGAGUGACUGGAGGAAGAACGUAGAGGCCAUGUCGGGCAUGGAGGGUCGCAAGAAGAUGUUCGACGCAGCAAAAGGCCAGAGCCAGUGACUGAAAAAGUUAUUUUCUAUCACUGAGUUUUGAAUUUAGUUAUGACGAUAAAGUCAACAUCUCAAAACCUCACAAAAAUAUAAUUUUUUUUUCAAUAUUAGUUGAAUUUUAUCACUGAAUAAACUAAAUAUUUUCUGUAUCUUUUUGCUCUUUGAUUUUACAGAGAAACAAAGUGAUUUCUGUGAUUUCUUCUGUCAAGUUUUCUGCAUUGCAGCUAAAAACUUGUAACUGUAUUUAAUAAAAUGUCACAAAUCAAACAUUUUA